UUAAAAUGACUAAAAUAUUUAUAUUCUUUCUAAUAUGGGCCUAUUCGCGCAUUAUUCAUGCAGUUUCAGUUUCCAACUAUUAUGUUGAAAAUAUGCCUGGAUUAGUAGAAAAUUUGAACUUAAAGUUGUAUUCUGGUCAUAUUAAAGUGAAUGAAAAGAAUGAAAAUUCGCUUUUCUUUUUAUUUGUAGAAAACAGAUAUAUUGUGGAUAAACAAAGAACGGUAAUUUGGUUAAAUGGAGGACCUGGAUGUUCUUCUAUGGAUGGCGCUUUUUUAGAGAAUGGACCGUUUAGAAUGACUAAAGAAGGGCUACUUUCAGGAAAUCAAGGGGAAUGGAAUGAAUUCUCUAACGUUGUUUUCGUGGAUCAGCCAGCAGGAACAGGUUUAAGUUAUAGUUUACCAGAGAAUUAUCCACAUGGAUUAUCUCAGACUGUUAGUGAUUUCCUUGUUUUUUUAGACAAUUUUUUUGAAAUAUUUCCGCAAUACAAAAAUGACGAGCUUUAUAUAACAGGAGAAUCAUUUUCUGGACAGUAUGUUCCAUAUAUUGCAAAUGCUAUUUUGAAAAGAAACGAAGAAAAUAAUAAAAAAAAUUAUAACCUUAAAGGAAUCCUUAUAGGAAAUGGAUGGAUUGAUCCUUUAACUCAUUAUAAAUCAUAUUUGCCUUUUUCAAUAAAAAACGGAUUGGUCAAGAAGGGUUCUGAACAAGAAGAGCAAAUUCAAAAAGCAGUAAAAGAUUGCGAACUAGCAUUUUCGAAGAAACAACUGAAAGAUAUUCAGAACUGUGAUUCUAUUCUUUCAAUGAUCAUUAAGCCUGAUCUUAGGGAGGAUAAAAAAUGUGUUAAUAUGUAUGAUUUAAGACUAAAAUAUCCUUCAUGUGAUAUGAAAUGGCCUAAUGGGUCAGUGCAGUUGACUUCUUAUUUAAGAAAACCAGAGGUGUUAAAAGCUUUAAAUGUCGAUAAUGAUAAAAAAAUUGUUUGGCAAGAAUGCAAUCUACGUUUUACAGAAACAUUUUUGAGAUAUAGUUCCCCUCCAUCUAUUGAAUUGCUUCCAUAUAUCUUAAGUAAAAUACAAGUUGUUUUGUAUAGUGGAGAUAAAGACAUUAUUUGUAAUCAUCUUGGCACAGAAGAUCUGAUUAAUAAUCUGGAAUGGAAUGGACGCAAAGGCUUUAUCCAAGAAGAUGGUACUUGGAUACCAAGACAAGACUGGAUAUUUAUGGAUAAAAUUGCUGGAUAUUACCAAUAUGACAGAAAUUUGACAUAUAUCAUAAUCAAAGAUGCAUCUCAUAUGGUUCCUUAUGAUAAACCAUUGGAAAGUCAGGAUAUGUUAAAUAGAUUUCUAGGAAUUGACCAAGAAAUAAUUAAGAAAAUUCGUGAAUCAAGGGCCAAAAGUGAAACUGGUUCUUUCAAUCCUAAUUCUAAAAACAAUAGUUUGCUUGAAAAAGAAAAAAACGCAUGGAAAUUAUAUUAUCAUAUCCUAGCUAUUAUUCUUGUCUUUAUAUUAAUUGGAACUAUUUACUUAACAUGGCGCCAUUGUAAAAGUCGUAAAAUAAAUGAUCAAUAUGUUGACAAAUUUAAUCAUUCCGCUGAUUCAGAAUAUUGGAAUGAAAAUAGAUCGCAAUAUUAUAAAAAUAUUAACACUCCUUUUAAUCGCAAAAACGAUUUUCACGAUUUCGAAAACUAUCCAGGCAUAAUAUAUGAUAAAGCAUCUUCUCCACAAACAUCUCAAACUAAAGAAGAUUCAAUUCUAGACUACAACGAACCAUUUCGCACAACUCAUUGAUUAUAUUCAUAUUUAAAG